CUCUCGCCUCGCGUCACUCAACCGCCGGCACCGCAAGAUCAGCGCAUGGCAUGAGCUCGUGGAUACCCUCAACGUCUGCUCGUCCUACGCCUAGCGUACCAGAGCCGCAUUGCCCCUCGUCCUUCGCCCUGCGCCCCCAUCAAGGGAUGCAAUACUGCUUCGCCUUCCCGCACCGCCUCGCAUUCCCUCCUAAGCAAGGACCAGAGCUCGUCGUCGGGCGGUCACUUUGACCAGAAGCCACGCCGCUUGCCCAUGCAGACAAGCAAGCGCCUCGACCUGGUAGCAUCGUGCGCGUUGCAACCUCUCGCCUUCCUCGCUCUACACUCAGCGCAACAAGCUGCUUCCCUCGCCCUCUUCGCUCGCCUCGCACCCGCAAUGUCGCCGUUUUUCGCCCUCCGCGCCCAUCAAGGCGUUCAAUACUGCCUAGUUUUCACCCAUCAGCGCCCGAUGCCUCCCCAAGAGGGAGAAGAGCUCGUCGUCGAGCUACGACGCUGGCUGCUGGCCGCGCCCCCCCCGGUAGCACAGCAGGAAGCGCCCCCGCACGCAGGCACUUUGUCCCCUGCGCAGAGCGACGUGGGAUGCCAGCUUCUGACGAUCUGGGAAGACCCAGGACGGAUUCGCAACGUCCUGCGUGUGCCAUCAACGCCACCUCAGCCUGGCCAGUUCGAGGUGACGGCCAUCCUUGUCCACCGCAGCCCACCAGUCUGCGCCACCCCCAUGCGACGCAGCCCCUCCCCAUCGGCUGGCAUGGACCACACUCCUCCUCCCUCGUCUCCCCUGCCAGCGCUGGAGCUGCAAGACGAAUUCUUUUUCGAGUACGCAGAGCCGAUCGCGCCGCCAUCAGGACCACAGAUCGAGCAAGCGCAGCAGCAGCAGCAGGCGCACGAGCAAGAGCAGCAGUAGCAACACCCGCUGGACGAGGCUGCGCCAACGGUCGUCGCUCGUCCCCGUCCAUACGCCCUCCUCUAUACGCCAAGGCCGCCACGUACGUACG